CCGCCCCGCCCCGCGGCCCGGCGGAUCUGAGAACCGGUUCCGCCUACACUACGGGCGGGAUCGUCUAACCCCGGCAGUCCCCGGCCUCGGCGCUCGGCCAGCGAGGUGUGGAGGUUUGCCCUCGACGUCCGCGAGCUCUCGCGGCGAGGCCGCGCUCGCCCUCAGGACUCCUUGGCGGCCCAGACGAUACCACCAAGAAAGUCAGAUGGCAUCCGGAGAUUUCUGCUCACCUGGAGAAGGGGUGGAGAUCCUGCAGCAAGUGUGUGACAAGCAGUUUCCUCCUUGUGCGCUGACUGAAGAGGACCUGAUACAGAACCCGUAUUUCAGCAAGCUGUUGCUCAGCCUCUCACAGCAUCUGGAUGAAAGUGGCUUAAGCCUCGCCCUGGCGAAAGAGCAGGCUCAGGCGUGGAAUGAAGUCCGGUUGCAUAAGACAGCAUGGCUGAGGUACGAGAUCUUACAGCGCGUCAUCCAAGAGCUGCUUGUGGACUACUAUGUGAAGGCACAGGACACGAAUCUGACGUCGGAAGACAAAAAGUUUCAUGAGACCCUUGAACAGCGGCUGCUUGUGACUGAACUCACACAGCUUUCAGGGCCUGGCCAGGAGACGGAGAUGCCCCCGCUGCUUGGGCUCGAGAAGGCUGACCUCCUGGGGCUCAUGCCACCCUCACAGGACUUUGUGUGGAUGAGAGCUCGGCUCCAGCUGGAGGUGGAGGAGCAGCUCAAGCGGAAGAGCUUCACUCUGCUGUGCUACCACGACCCCAGUUCAGAUACUGAUGGAGAAACGCUGAAAGCCGCAAAGGUGUGGAAACUGUCAGAGGUCCUGGUGGGAGAGAAGCAGCAGUGCCUGGAGGCCAAGAGCCAGCAAAAGGAGCAGCUGGUGCUGCUGGAGAAGAAGAGGGCUGCCUACUCCCAGGUGCUUCUCCGGUGCCUCACCUUGCUGCAGAGACUUCUGCAGGAGCAUAGGCUGAAGACUCAGUCUGAGCUGGACCGCAUCAAUGCCCAGUACCUGGAAAUCAAGUGCAGUGCCAUGAUCCUUAAGAUGAGGAUGGAGGAGCUGAAGAUUUUGUCUGACACUUACAGUGCUGAGAAAGUGGAAGUGCAUUGUCUCAUUAGGGACCGUUUGGAGGGAGCCAUUCGCCUACAAGAGCAGGACAUGGAGAAGUCGAGACUGGCCCUGAAAACCUACGAGGUCCUGGGAGAAGACUUUGAGAGCCUGGUGAAGGAGUACACCCAGCUCAAACAGGCAGUGGAGAACAAGCGUUGGGCUCUCCAGGAGUUUAGCAAGGCCUAACCGCUGAGUUGAGUGUAGGCAGAGCCAGGAGGCAUGGAGUCUACAUGGCCGCCACCUUCUCCUCCUGCUCAACGGACCACCUCCAUUGUAAGGGAAUGUGGGGACACUUGCUUAAAACACUGCAGUCAUUAUGACAGCCUCCUGGUUUCCUUGUUCACAAUGACUGGGUCUUUUCUGGAAGAUGUAGCUGUCAGAUUUAUAUAAUUUUAUGGAUAUCUGUUUGCAUCAGCCCUGUGUAAUACUAUUUUCUGAAUAAAGUAGUAAUAUUAUGUUUAAA